AUGGGCAACUCUGUUCGAACAAGGCAACGAAAAUUAAGAGAAAAUAAAUUAGCAGCGAUAGGAAACUAUGAAAGUGAAAAUGAUUCUGCAGAAAGAUCUAAACAGUGGAAGCAACAACUUCAAGAAACACUGCUUCAAUAUAAUACACCUAAAAUAGAAGCAAGCCUGACAGUAGCAAAAAUUCAUAAUAGAGGUGAGUAUCGUGCUAAUUGUAUACGUACAUGGGCAAAAACAUGCUUAGAAGAAAAG